AUGCAGAUUCAAAGUAACGUCUAUGUUGGUAUUAAACCUAGCAGUUUAGAACAAAAUAUAUUCUAUCGGGAGGUUGAAAAUAAUGAGAAUUCUAACGUUAAUGUUACUAAUACUGCGUUAUUAGAAAGUUGUGAUUAUGUUCUAUUAGCUGUAACAAAUGAUAGAUAUCGAGAACAAGUAUUACAACAAUUACAGGCUUAUAUUGAUCGUUCAGAUCCAUUUGAAAGAUUUUUAAUCUCUGAACCUCAAUUACAAGAUAUAAUGAUUUCUCCAUUUGGUGGGAACUCUAAUGAUUCAAAUGAAAAUUCACCAUCUCAUAUUGGUUUAUUAUCAUCAUGGGUAGAUUUAGAGAAUGAAGACAUUUUACAAAGAGAAAUGAGUUAUCAAGUGUUAUUAAAUGAAUGUAAAUUAGCACAAUCCAUUGGAAUUAAUAAAUUAAUCCUCGCACCACCUCAUGAUAUCAAUAAUCUUAAAAUAUAUUCACAAAUGAUUUCAAGGGUAUUAAAUCAUGAUAUUUUUGAAAAAAAUGGAACAAAUAUGAUUUUAUCAGUCUCUUUACCAAUGUAUGAAGAUAGUGAUCCAUUAGCUACUUGGGAUUUAUGGAAUAAUAUUAGAAAAUUAUGUGGAUAUCAUCCGUCACUAAUGGUCUCAUUAGCGUUACCAAGAGUCAAAACACCUCAUUAUAUUCUUGAUAGAUGGUUAACUGAACCUGUAUCAAGUUUAUUACUUUCUUCAUCUAUCUUCGCAACAAAUCAAUAUAAUUAUCCUGUAUUGCAUAAAUUUAAUCAAAAUCUUUUAAUGAAAUUUCAAGAAAUUAAUGGUAAUUCUCAAUUAAAAUCAAAUUCUUUAGUAAUUAUUUUACAUGGUAUGGAAAAAUAUAAAGAUUUUAUUAAAGGUGGAGAAUCUGCAUAUUUGGAAUAUAUUAAUUUUCUAUUGAAAAGAAAUGAUAAAUUAACAUUACAAAAUUCAAAACAUUAUCUUAAUAAAUUUCAAUUAAACCAACCACAAUUAAUGUCACCUUUAAAACCACAUUCUGAAAAUUUAACAAAUUCAAUUUAUUCAAUAUUCGAAACAGAUUUAGUUAAAUAUGAAAAAUAUGGUGAAGCUAUUAAACAAGCUAUGUUAGAGAUUAUAAAACGAAGACAAACAAGAAACUCAAACAAUUCAACUCCAAUAAAUAUUCUGGUUGCUGGUGCAGGUCGUGGACCACUUGUUUCGCAAGUAUACAACGUUUCCCAGAGUUUAAAUGUUAUAUCACGUGUACAAAUCAUUGCAUUAGAGAAGAAUCCACAAGCAUUCCUUUAUUUACAAAAGAGAAAUUUCGAACAUUGGAAUAAUAAUGUACAAUUGAUUCAUGAUGACAUGAGUCGUUGGAAAUCUAAUGAUAAAAUCGAUUUAUGUAUCAGUGAACUAUUAGGAUCACUUGGUUGUAAUGAAUUAUCACCUGAAUGUUUAUGGAAUAUUGAACAAAAUCAUUCAAAACCUGAUACCAUUUUUAUUCCACAAUCAUACACAUCUAGCAUUGCACCAAUCACUGCACCAUUAGUAUAUCAAAAAUUGACUCAGGAAUCCAAAAAUUUCGGAAGUAAUGAACAGCAACGGCUGUUCCAAGAACCAUGGAUAAUGCAUGGUAUACCAUUUCAAAUUCUGUCGAAUCGAGUUAAUGAAAUAUGGACAUUUGAGCAUCCAAACAAGAUACACUUGUCAAGUAAAACUAUGACAAUUCAUGAUCUAUUUAAUAGAAAUGUUACAACGGAGUUUAAAGUGAAACAUCGUGGUGAAAUUCAUGGGAUUGCUGGAUUUUUUUCCGCACAUUUAUAUGGUGAUACAUAUAUGUCAAUUGUACCUGACGGUAUUAGUAUGAAUAAAAUUGAUAUUGAAGGGAAUGAUGAAAGAACGAAAAAUUUAUUUUCUUGGUCUCCUUUAGUAUUCCCAUUGAAAGAGCCAUUAUUAAUCAAUGAUGAUACAGAAGUCUCUAUUAUGUGUAGUAGACAAAUGGAUGGUAAAAAAGUUUGGUAUGAGUGGUCUGUAGAGAGUUAUGUAUAUUUAGUUCUCUCCAAACAAAUUGAUACUAGAAGUGGUGGUAAAUUAAAGGAUGAUACAACAAUGUUACAAAAUACUCGUCUCGAUAAUGAUCCAGAUAGCACGCAUAAUAAUAAUAGUAAUAGUAAUAAUAAGCAUGGCACUACUAACAGUAGUGAUAAUAAGCAUAACAAUAAUAAUAUUAAUAAUAAUAAUAACAGUACCACUCAGCCUUAUGAAUUUGAGAGUGCAAUCGAUGAGAAUGGAUUCAUGCCAACAUAUGAAGAUGGCUGGCAAAGUGUACAAAAUAUGUAUGAGGAAUUAGGUCAAGUUCCAAAAAUUGAUGAACCAGGAAUAAACCUUCAACCAGAAGAAGAAGAAGAAGAAGAAGUAGAUAUCAAUGUACGUGUUAAGACAGGAGUAUCACAAUUGCACAAUGUCAAUGGACAAUAUUUUUCCGUCGAGUUUUUAAAAGAAUAA